AUGUCGCGGACAGAAGUCCAGCAAGCUGAUUCCAUACAUGAGGAAGACCCUCACAACGAACCUCCGAAGAAACAGAAGAGCAGACGCCCCGCAAAUACCGCGUUUCGGCAGCAGAGGCUGAAGGCAUGGCAGCCUAUUCUGACACCCAAGACCGUCCUCCCCCUCCUCUUCGUCGUGGGCAUCAUUUUUGCCCCCAUCGGCGGGCUUCUUCUAUGGGCGAGCGCAAGUGUGCAAGAAUUGAGGAUUGAUUACACCGACUGCAUUUCGACUGCAGGAAACAACAACUUCACUCAGAUCCCCGAUUCCAAAGUUCACUCGUCCUUCAAAACAUCCAGCAACGCGGUGAGGGCGGAAUGGAAGAGAUCAACAGACAGGACGACCCCGCCGUGGAGCGUCCCGAUCGAAGACACUCCUAUUUGUACGCUUCAGUUCUCCAUUCCCAACGACAUCGGUCCUCCAGUUUAUUUGUACUACCGCCUCACCAAUUUCUACCAAAAUCAUCGGAGAUAUGUGAAGUCGCUCGAUACGGAUCAACUAAAGGGAGAUGCUCUCAGCAAUCACACGAUCAGCAACAGCGCCUGUAAUCCACUCAAACUGAACCACGAAGGCAAGGCCUACUACCCGUGUGGGUUGAUUGCCAAUUCCAUCUUCAAUGACACUUUAAAUUCUCCAAAACUUGUGAACGCAGCAGGGAAUACGCCUGCGCAACCAUACGUCAUGACCAACCGGAGCAUCGCCUGGAGCUCUGAUGCAUCUCUUUACAAAAAGACAAAAUAUACCAACGAACAGGUGGCUCCACCUCCUAACUGGAUCAAGCGUUAUCCGAACUACACCGACGAACACCCAAUCCCGGAUUUGUCGCAAUACGAAGAGUUCCAAGUCUGGAUGAGGACAGCUGGUCUGCCCACGUUCAGUAAACUAGCCCUGCGCAAUGACGAUGACAAAAUGACGGCGGGCAUCUACCAGAUGGAGAUAUAUGACUUCUUCCCAGUUUCAGUGUAUGACGGGACCAAGAGCAUCCUGAUCUCGACGAGGUCGGUGGUGGGUGGCAAGAACUCGUUCUUGGGGAUUGCAUACGUUGCCAUUGGCGGAUUAUGCAUCGUUCUGGGUGCAUUGUUUACUCUUGCACAUCUGAUCAGACCCAGUUUAGCCGGGAUUCCCAAAUACCGACCAAUUCAUCGGUCCUGCGGUGUUGCUGCGCCGUCGAAAGAUCUUCUCUCCACACAUCGAUAUCUCCAAACACACGAGCCCCUCGAGAACGACCUCUGGAACAGUUCUCUCAUCGCUGCCCGUCAUUCCUCCAGCCAUGAACGCCGCCAAAGCCUGGUGGCUCUCUUCACGACUGAUACGUACAUGCACAUCGUAUCCGACACAGCCAGCUCAUCCUCGUCUUCAACGAACUACAUCACCGAUACCAUGAUCCAGAACCAGUUUAUCUAUCUCGCCCGAUCUUACACAAACGCAUCUAUAGGGUUCCGCUUGGCCGGGGUGACCCGGACGACGAACGACACAUGGGCGCGCAAUGGGGACGACAUUGGAAUGAAGCGGGCGCUGCGAGCAGGGACAUACUCGAGCCUGAACAUCUACUAUCAGUCUCUUCUGCAAGCAGGCAGUAACACUCCCGGGGUCCCAGCAGGGAGUACGUUGCUUGGGUUCUGUUCCUUACCUGCGAGUGGAGUGACCUCGACGACUCCCCGAAGCCUGUAUCACAUCGACGGAUGUAAUAUACUGAGCGGGACCAUGCCCGGAGGAAAUAUGCAGGGGUACAACUUGGGAGGGACCACGGCACACGAGGUGGGCCACUGGAACGGUUUGCUGCACACGUUCAAUGGGAAUAGUUGUGACGCUUCAGACUGGGGAGAUUAUGUGGCGGAUACGCCGCAAGAGAUGACCAGUACGAACGGCUGUCCAGGCUACAAAGACUCGUGCCCCAACUCGGGCAUCUCGUCGAGCGCCUACACCGGCCUGUCCAGCCAAGGGUCGAACCCGUACGGUCCCCAGGGGUUUUCGGGUCUCGACCCAAUCCACAAUUUUAUGGAUUACUCGAAUGAUGCGUGUUAUACGGGGUUUACGCCGGGUCAGGGGGCCAGGAUGCUGAAUGUGUGGAACAUCUAUCGAGCUGGGCUGUGA